CUGGAUACUCUCGUAUAAAACAUGAUUCAGAAAUACAGAAUACAAUGCCACAUCCCGAAAGACAAAAUUCCAUUGUCAAUUGUGAUCCUCAGUCUUUUUAUUCACCAUGGUCUCAUAAAGUGUUUCGGGCAUCAAAUCAAUCACCAACAAGUAAUGAUAUGCAGAUGGGAAUUAGAAAUUGCUCUGAAAAUGAUGGAUUUCUUAACCCUUCAAAUGCAUUAAUAUCAAGUGAUCAAAUGCCAACAUUUAAUCCAAAUUGUCCCAUAACAGAGAGAUCAGCUUUAGAUGAUUUAGUAUCAAAAAUUGUUGAUGAGGAUCAAUACAGUAAUAAUGGAUUGGCUGAGCAUCCAGAAACUUUUGCACUAUAUUCAAAUAAUGAUGUAUUUUCUACAUUUGAUGGGUAAGCUAUUUUUUUAUUA